GCGAGCUACAGCCGCAAUGGAACCGGGCGUGGCUCUGUUCCCUCUGGUGCCUUGGACCCUUCUCCUGGCCUGUUGGACUCUCUCCUCUGGUAUUACUGGGGAGGACUACAUGAGUCUUGUGGAUGGUGCAAACCACUGCGAGGGGCGCCUAUACCUGCAGUACCGCAACCAACAGGGCUUUGUGUGUGGGGACCACCUGGACCUGCAGGAGGCCUCGGUGAUCUGCAGACAGCUUGACUGUGGCCCUGCUCUAGCAGCUCCUCAGUUCGUUCUGAGGCCCGAAGAGAUGGUGUCACCCUGGCUGUAUGAUGCCCAAUGCCAGGGUGAGGAGGCCACCCUCUGGGACUGUUCCCUAGGGUCCUGGGGGCCCAUCUCUGAUUGUGAGUGCCAGUGUGUGAUGGCAAUUAUCUGCUCAGGUGGUACCUUAAGGAGAAUUAGGCUGGAGGGCGGUGGCAGCCCCUGCGCUGGAACCCCUGGGUCUCUGAACCCUGCUGGCUUUGUCCUGAAGUGUGAGUUGCAGCAGAAGGAGGCAAGUGUCUUUUGCAGACAGCUGGAAUGUGGAACUGCUGUGCAGUGGUCCAGAGUCCACCACAGAGAGAACUCUGGGAGCCAGGAGCAGAAGUUUGUGUCCUGCCAGGGAACCGAGUCCAACAUUUUCCAGUGCAAGAUCAAUGUAAACUUCCUAGAGCAGUGUCAUCAUCAAGCCUACACCCAAGUGGUGUGCACAGGACAUGUGGAGGCCCGACUGGUAGGCAGUGAGCACCCCUGUGCAGGACGCCUGGAGGUUCUGCGGGGUCUGACCUGGGGUACCGUCUGCGAUGCCAACCUGGACCUGCCCACAGCCCACGUGGUUUGCCGGGAACUGGGUUGUGGAGUGGCUGUGUCCACUCUUGGAAGUGCUGGCUUUGGCCAGGGCUCAGGACCCGUGUGGACGGAGGCCUUCCGCUGUGUGGGAAAUGAGUCACUUUUGUUCCACUGCCCAAGGGAGCCAGGACACCAGUGUACACACGACCAGGAUGCUGCACUCACGUGCUCAGGGGACAAGUUCCGGCUGGUCAACGGCAGCAACCACUGUGAAGGCCGUGUAGAGCUCCAAGUGCAGGGAGCCUGGGCGCCUCUCUGUGCUGCUCACUGGGACUUAGCAGAUGCCACAGUCCUGUGCCAACAGCUCAACUGUGGCAACGCCGUGGCCACACCCCAAGGAGGCCUUUUUGGGGAAGGGGACAUUCCCAUCUGGCCAGACGUAUUUCACUGUGUUGGGACAGAGCCCCAUUUGUUGAGCUGCCCAGCAAGCACCCUGGGUGCCCAAGCCUGCGCCCAGGGAAAUUCCGCCUCCACCCUGUGCUCAGGCCUCCCUGACGCCCUGCGGCUGAGGGACGGACAGAGCCGCUGCGAUGGCCGCGUGGAGGUCUCCCUGAACGGCAAGUGGGGCCGCGUGCUGGACGACAGGUGGGACCUGCGCGGAGCCACCGUGCUGUGCGCACAGCUCGGGUGCGGAAAGGCCCUGAGCGCCUACGAAGCGCCGGCCCCCGGCCUGGGGGCCGCCCCGGUGCUGCUGAGCCGCGCGCGCUGCCUGGGCUCCGAGCCCCGCCUGACCCGGUGCAACGUGUCCGCGGGACCUCUGGUGUCCGUGGGGACCUCGCGGGACGCGGGCGUCGUGUGCGAGGGGAGCCUCAGGCUGCGCUUGGUCGCGGGCCCGGGACGCUGUGCGGGGCGCGUGGAGGUGCUCCACGGAGGCGCGUGGGGCACCGUGUGUGACGAUGCCUGGGACCUGCGGGACGCGCACGUGGUCUGCAGGCAGCUGGGCUGCGGACACGCCCUCAGCGCCCUCAGGGAUGCCCACUUCGGGGCCGGGGCUGGGCGCAUCUGGAUGGACGAGCUGGGCUGCCUGGGCCACGAGUCUGCAUUGUGGCAGUGCCCUUCGGGUGGCUGGGGCCAACACGACUGCAGCCACAAGGAGGAUGCCGGGGUCUUCUGCUCAGAAUUCAUGGAUGUGAGGCUGCAGGACCACAGCCAACCAUGCACAGGGCGCCUGGAAGUUUUCUACAAUGGAACCUGGGGCGGCGUCUGCCAAGCCCUGAGCGCAGCCUCCCUGGGGGUCCUGUGUGGGUGGCUAGGUUGUGGGCCCCAUGGGCAGCAGCUGGCCAGGGCAGAGGGCUGGCCUUCCCCUGGAGCUUUCUGGUUGGGCUCCAUACAGUGCAGGGAUAGACAUGACAGGUCCUUGUGGCAGUGCCCCUCAGCACCCUGGGACCAACACUCAUGCAGCAGCCAAGAAGAGGCCUGGGUGGUGUGUGCAGAAAAGGAAGACGCUGGUCAGGAGGCUGAGCAGACCCUCAACUGCUCAUCCCCACUCAGCUGCCCAGAAGAGGGCGCGCUGCGCGUGCGCGGGGGCGAGGAUGGCUGCUCCGGGCGCGUGGAGCUCUGGCACGCGGGCUCCUGGGGCACCGUGUGCGACGACUCCUGGGACCUGGCUGACGCGGAGGUCGUGUGCCGCCAGCUGGGCUGUGGCCGCGCCGUGGACGCCGUGCGGGGGUCCGCUUUCGGGCCGGGCUCGGGGUCCGUGUGGCUGGAUGAGGUGGGAUGCCGAGGCAGCGAGGCGGGCCUAUGGGACUGCCCUGCCAAUCCGUGGGGACGCGGAGACUGCACGCACAAGGAGGACGCGGGUGUGAGGUGCUCAGAGGUCCCCAGGACCACGGCAUCCGCCCUUUCCCUAGCACCUCCAGCUUUCGCUACCAUCUGGACCCUGCCUGAGACAGCCUGCCUGGUCCUUGGCUGCCUCCUGGGCCUCAUCUUCCUGCUCCUGGGUGCUCGGUGGUGCCACAGAAAAGCUGCCUGUAUGGGUGCUGGACGGUCAGAGCACCUGCCGUUGGAUGGCAUCUAUGAGGACAUCGAAGCUGUCCCUAUGGAGGAGAAAAAGGAGUCUGCAAUGUCCAGGGAUCUGGUUCAGGAGGAGGAUUAUGAUGAUGCAGGAGAACCUGAGGAAGACUAUGGGGAGGAGGAGGAGGAGGAGGAGGAGGAGGAGGAAGAAGAG